CAGAGAGACCUCAUUCUCUUGCAGGAAAACACACAGAGCUUGUUAGGAUGAGGUGAGUCUGGGCUCCGAGAUCUGUGACAUCCCCUCAGUCCAUGAAUAAUACCAGCAGGACCGACGAGAUACAGGGAGGCAUCCCUUUCGCACAUCAUCUUGUCUCCAUGACUCGGUCUGACAGACGUUCUCCUGUCACCAGCACAACUUUCUGCUGCGUGGGGGCUUGUAGGGAAGCAGAAGCCUGUUGCUUACAAAGGAAUCUUAUCUUUGGGUCCACCUGAUCUCCUGAUACCAGACUCUAAGCUGGGUUCUGGAUGCCCAAAUAUAUCUCAUAUAUAACACAAUGGAAUCGAUAUAAAAGACAGAUGACGCAGUACAGUACAAUCUCAAGGAAGCUGUGCUGUUCAGAAUGAAGGGAAGCCAACUCCAUGUACUGGCGUGCACCAUAGAACAUUGGGGAUGAGGCCUCCUUCACUGGCAGAGGUUACCCUGGAGUAAACAGUGUGGAUUGUAAAUCAUCACAAUUAUAUUCAGAAAUCAAAUGUGUUCAGAGCAUUUAUAAGCGUCUUCUCCUCACGCCACAUAUCCAGAGACUGCUGUUCAUUAACCAUUUACUACUGAGUAUGCUGCUGGCUGGCCAUGCCUUUCUUGGACUGGUACCUCCGGCGCUCAUUGGCAACAUGGCUGUUUUUUCACAGCUUAGUCCUGAUGUCCCUCUGCUUCCAGUCGGCAACAACAUUCCCCAAGGGCUGUUAUCCCUCGCAGGAAGAUGGUUACAAGACUCUCCGGUGCAGCAAUGCCCAACUCACAGAAGUCCCACGGGAUAUACCCAAUGACACUAAUCGUUUAUACUUAGAUUUCAACCAGAUCACCUACCUCCCUUCUGACGCCUUCCGCAAUCUCCCUGUUCUUAUGGAGCUGGACCUAUCCCAUAAUUCCUUGGGCCACUUAGAUCCCACUUCCCUGAGGGGCCUGACUGACCACUUGCACUCACUGGACCUUUCUUCCAACAAGCUGGUGUCCGUAAGCAAGGAGGUCUUUGCCAACUUAAAAGCCCGGACAAACUUGUCAGGCAACCCUUGGAUGUGUGACUGUGAAUUACAAGAGGUGAUAAGACUGGUGGAUUUGGACCCUGGCUCAUCUAGUGCAAUUGUGUGUUCUAGCUCAGUGCAAGAGGAACAUGCUGGCAAACCUUUCAUCCAGGUGGUGAAAGAGGUUGACCUGUGCAAUGUUUUCAGGAGAACAACGGAUGUGGCCAUGCUGGUUACAAUGUUUGGAUGGUUUGCCAUGGUCAUUUCCUACCUGGUGUAUUAUGUACGCCAAAAUCAGGAAGAUGCUCGGCGCCAUCUUGAGUACCUCAAAUCCCUGCCAAGUAAGCAGAGAAACUCUGAGGAGCCCUCGACACUCAGCACUGUGGUUUGAUAGAUUUUAGAACAAAAUAUAUUUUUUGUAGGUUUCGUCACUCCACUAAAGGAUGCUUCUGUUUUGUUUUUGUUUUUUUGAUUGCAGAAAAGCUCCUUAAACCUUGGUCAGAAAGUCCCACUAAUGCUGCUUCAAAUGAUCCUUACUGGCCAUUGGAAGAUAUUUGCUGAAAUAAUUUGAUGAUAUAUUUAUGUAUCAUGUUAUGUGUCAUGUUUCCAGGUGAAAUUAAAUGAUCAGGAUAAGGAAUGGAAUCAGAGGGAGGUCUAGUAGGGCAGGGAUAGACAUUUUAUGCUCUAAUCUGUUGUAGACCAGGAAGUAAACUAGUCAGUUCAACGUCUUGAUAGGACAAUGCCCAUAGCUAAUUCACCUGAACUGUGUCCUAGGCAGGAACCUAGGUCCAUGGACAAAUACAAGCCAUACCAUUUAAGCCUCAUUUUCAGUAUCUGCUUUUUCCUUAACAUAUUUUUUGGAGUUCAGACUUAAAAAGAAAAAAAAAAAAGAAAUAUAGCAGAAUCCCAAAAGAGAACAUGGGGAUACACCGCAUGUUGUGAAAUGAGAUAUAUAUUCAAAAGCUGUCUGCCUGAAUUAAGAAAUAAAUAUUCAUCCGAAAAAUACAAGGUAGAGCCCAGGGCAUCUGAGACCCAACAGUUGUUGAAUUACAACUUUCUUUGUAUUCAGCAAAACAGAGGUAAUUAGUACCUGGGGGACCGCGUAGAAGGUGUCGGAGUUGGGCAGUUAUGAAUAGUAAAAUAAGGCUUUCUCAGAGGGUUCAGAGGUUUUACUCAGUGUUAUCAUUUUAGAGUAGUACUGUAUCCACUGAACUUGAGACAGACGCACUUAGAAUAUAAAAUUGUAAUAGGGUUCCCAUCAAAUUGUUCAUGGCCGACUGUUUUGGAAAAGAAUAGAGAAUAACAAAUAUCACUAGACUGCAUCUCAAAAUUUUGUUUCAUUACCAUUGACAGGUCUCGUUGUUUUGCUUGACCACCCUGAUUUUCACUAUCCAGUUGCCGAAAAUAUUUCCAAAUGUUAUGUCUCCCUGUUUACACUGGAGAAAUGUAGAUAUGGGUUUUGCGUACAGCAUACAAUGUUUAGCAAUUGAUUAAUUAAUUUGAAUUCCUCAA